ACUAGAAGGAAAAACGUAUUUUAUUUAAGUAUUUUAUCUUCGUUUUUUUAUGUUUGAUAUAUUUGUUUAAUUAAAAGAAUCUUUGUUUAUUUUUAGACGGUUGAAGAUUCAAGAUGAGGUUGUUCCUGGUAGGACUCGUCACCGUGUUCAGCGUGGCAAUGCUGGUACAAGGCAACAUGUACAAAAUGCCAUAUACAUACGGAGGCUAUGGCAUGCAAAAUUACGGUAGCAGCGGGGGCAGUGGCGGUGGAUUCGGUGGCGGAGGAAUCUUUGGGAUGAUUAUAUUCUUGUUUGUGUUCAUUUUGAUCAUCCAAGUUCUUUUCGGGGGUCUCAGUGGCGGUGGUCUCGGUGGUGGUGGAGGAUAUAGUGGCGGCUACUAUGGUGGAAAACAUGGAGGCGGCAAAGGCAAACACGGCGGCAGCGGUUAUGGCAACAGUCAUGGGAAUAGUUAUGACGAUGACCAUGGCGACGGCUACGAUGACAACCAUGGCGACGGCUACGAUGAUAGUUAUUAUGAUUGGAAGAAGUAAGAUUCGUGUUAAGAGAAAGGUAGAUUCAGGUAAAUUCAGGGACGUUUCCACCAUGUGGGAUUUGACUUCGUAUGAUCAUAAACAAUGUUUUUAUCGUCUUGAGUACUAUUGCAAAAAUAAAUCAUUGAACAUUAUAAAA